ACAAUAAUUAUGAAUUAAUUCAGUCAAACUUUAUACGAUAAACAUGUGCUGUGUGGGUAUAAAAAGAUCGUAAUUGAUGAUAUAAAUUUAGUAUAAAACUUAACUUGAGAUGUUUUAUGUACAUAGUACUUAACAAGACAACUAUUGACUUAAAAACGUUUAGCCUAUUUAGCCAAAAUGUUACCGGGAUACGGUGCUGUUACACAAGCCCUUUUGGGCACGCUUCUGACGUGGGGUUUGACUGCAGCUGGUGCCGGCUGUGUAUUCUUUAUAAGAGGGAAACAUAGGAAAUUACUAGAUGUGUCUUUGGGAUUCGCUGCAGGUGUUAUGACAGCCGCAUCCUAUUGGUCUCUAUUAGAACCUGCAAUAAAGAUGUGUGAAGAAUCAGGAAUGUAUGGUGAUGAAGGACAAUAUGCCUUUUUACCUGUUGCCGGAGGCUUUUUAUUUGGAGCAAUUUUUGUCUUUGGCACUGACAGAUUCUUGGAUUAUUUAGGAAUUAAUUCCACCAAUAUGAUGAUAACAAUCACGAAGAGCAAGGAUUCCAAAGAGAAGUUAGAGGACUUGGAAAUGAUGACGGCACUCAACAGGCGGCCGUCGAACCCCACCGUGGUUACCAUGGAGACGCAGCCUGCUGAGUUCGCGGACUGCAUAUCGAAUCAGCACACAGCACAGAGAAGGCGGGGCCAUCAUCAUUCACAGAAUUCCCUUAAAAACGAAGUCGGCGAGGGAGACCGACGCGACAGCAUCAGCCGCUCGCUGGAAGCGCGCCAGUCGCAGUGGAAGAGGAUAAUGCUCCUCGUCGUGGCCAUCACAGUACACAAUAUCCCGGAGGGUCUAGCGGUGGGAGUCGCGUUUGGCGCGUCUGCUUCGUCAUCUAAAGCUUCCUUCCAGAGUGCCAGAAACUUGGCGCUAGGUAUUGGCAUCCAAAACUUCCCAGAAGGAUUGGCGGUGAGUCUGCCGCUACAAUCCGCUGGCUUCUCCGUGUGGAGAGCUUUCUGGUAUGGCCAGCUAUCAGGUAUGGUGGAGCCAGUGUUCGGGGUGCUGGGAGCAGUGGCGGUGGCGGCGGCGCAGCCCGCGCUGCCGUACGCGCUGGCCUUCGCAGCGGGUGCUAUGAUCUACGUCGUCGCCGAUGACAUCAUCCCUGAGGCCAAUGCUUCCGGCAACGGGAAGCUGGCUACAUGGGGCUGCAUCAUUGGCUUCUUAGUCAUGAUGUGUCUUGACGUGGGUCUCGGGUAAACACGAAUACCCACACACUCACACCGUGCCUUCCUUCUAUGUGUUUGGGCGAGUUAUUCAUUAAUUUAGAAUUUUGUCAGACCUAUAUCGUGCAUUUAUGUCGUCAACUUUUUGAAACUGAAAGUUACGGUUGAAUCAUUUCAAAGAAUAUGCUUUUAGGUAAUUAUUAUUAUUUUUUUUUGUAAAUAGUUUAUAAAACUUGUUUACGUACGUAUUGUUUUUAUAUUGCGACAAGUUUUGACGAAGCCUUAUACCUACGUGUAAAGGAUCUAAAUCAUUUUUCCUGUAUUAACGAAUAAGUUGCCCAAUUCCAGCCGUGUCAAUGGUUAAACGAUAUUUGCCAAAUUCUGUACAUGAUUAUGUAUAUAGUUAAAGAAUAGACUAGAUAUUUAGUAUAUAAGUACUAAUAGAUAUUAUAUAGCACUGUCGCACAAUACGGAUUCCAAUUACUUAAUAAGAAUUAUUUGUGAAAUUAUUAUCGUUUUUAUUGCCAUAACAUUGAAAGUAUUAUAAUUUAUUUGAUGUAUAAUGAGCAAAUUAUUUAUUUUAUUUACAACUUGACAAGCUCUAGAAUGUUCGAAACGUUCUUCAGUGUUGCUGUAAAUAGGCUGUAGAAAUUUUAUUUAUUUGACAUGAAUAAAUUAUCCUUUGAUAUGUUGAUGUAUUUGAUGAAGAUAUUGUAUUAUAAUUGUAUGUUCGAACUGCUCAUAGAAUGAAAUCCCUGGACUGUACAAAAUUUGUAUGUACUUACGAAACGACGUUAGGUUUUGUCUGAGUAAUCGCGUUAUUGUGAGAUGUGUAAAAGACAUAGAAUAAUUUAACGAAUUUGUUAUUUUAUUAUUUUAAUAAAUUAAGCAUAAAGCAU